AUGUCUUCUGACAAGUCAACUCGAGCAGAUUACAAACGCAGUCAACCGUUUUUCUUGAGUAAUUCCGAGCAAGAGCUGUUUUGCAACAAGAAGCAAGCAGUAGAAUACACAGCGACAAGUUCCUUUAUGAACGGCAGUUCGAGCUCUCAGUCGGGAAAUCAAAGGGAUAUUAAUUGUGUCCCUUAUGACCCUAACUUCUUCCCGAACCUCGUUGCCUCUGAAAAGAAUAAUUCCCAUGAUGCCCCUGGUUCUGAGAGCCGAUUAAGAAAUGACUAUCUAAUUAGUCUAAGCAUGUCUCAGGCAGCGGAAGAUCCUCAGUUUCUCAACACCGCACUUCGAAAAGUCAAAGUCAACGAGGUCCCGCAGAAGAACAAUAGUAUAAUGGGCAGCAACUUUCUGACGUCCGGUAAUAAUUCGAUGCAUGCUGAGCUGGCUAGCAAGACAAACGGCAAUUUCUUGUUCAACAAUCACUACUACAACUCGGCUGGCCCUCUUUACAGCAAGGACCAAAAUAAUUUCUUUGCAGUGAACCCAUUCUAUGGUAAACCAAACGAGAUGUUCGUGCCUGCCGGUUUUGGUCAGGAUGAUGAUGUCAUUCCCUACACCGACGAGACAGCUGUCAUUGACGAGAACUCGGACAAGGGCAAACAGAGUAAGGAGGUGAAAGUGAAGAACGGGUUGUUUAGUAAUUUUCCCUUGGACGUGAGAAGCUUACUAGAAACAGGAAUAUAUGAUGGGGUCCCCGUGAAGUAUGUUUCUUGGACGAGAGAGACUAGCCUUAGAGGGGUGAUAAAGGGUGCUGGUUAUUUGUGCAGCUGUGGCGAAUGCAAGCUCUCUAAGGUUGUUAGCGGUUAUGCGUUUGAGCGCCAUGCUGGAGGCAGGACCAAACACCCGAACAAACAUAUUUACUUCGAAAAUGGAAAGACUAUAUCUGCAGUGGCUCAGGAGUUGAAGGCUACACCACCGGAAAAGCUCUUCGAAGCAGUAAAAACCGCCACUGGAUCUGCAGUUCACUUGACAAAUUUCCUUACUUGGAGAGCAUCCAUUGAAGCUGCGACGAUUUCUCGUGGGUCGUGA